AAAGAAGCUCCCAUGUGGAACUGCUGUUAUAAGGCAAUCAGCGCGUCGUUUCGUUUUCUCUGUGUAGCGUUCUCCCACUACUUCACCGAUUGAGCCUGGAUGACGCCAUGGUUGAUGGCAAUUUUCUGCUUGGCAACAGCUGGAUGUUCAAAUAUUACUGAUCAACAGGCGUCAGAAAGUAAUCAACAGGUGGCUAUUCUUAAGCAAAUUAGGAAAGUCAACGAAGACGGAUCAUAUACCUUUGGAUAUGAAGCUGGCGAUGGUUCAUUUAAGGUCGAGAGCCGUGACGUUUUAGGCAACGUCAAGGGCACUUUUGGUUUCGUCGACGCUGACGGCGAAAUAAAAAGGGUUUCCUACACCUCCUCAAAUGGAACUGGCUUUAAAGCGACCACCGUCUCACCAUUACAGGAACACGUGACGGCAGUUCAAAGCAGAAACAAUCGUACAACAUCGAGGAAGCCAACAGUUGUUUAUGCAACAUCCUCAGAAACAUCGACAAAAUCCUCAGUUGUUCAAUCAAUACCAAGAACUCGUAAAACAACCACUACACCAAGUUCAUUAUCAACAACCGCCACAUCAACACUAUCAAGUAGCAGUACUUCUUCAUCGAUAGAAUCCACCACAAAACCUGGUUUAUCACAUUUUCGAACAACAACCCGAAGUCGACCUCGAUUCAUUAUCAAUGGUCAACAACGUCCACCAAUUCUUGAAGAGGAAGCAUCAACAGAAGAUUCACAAACAAAAAAACCCGAGGAAAAAGUCUCGGCAUUUCGUAAAAUUAUCUUCGCCAAACGGCCCGUUGACGUGACACUACGGCCAAUUACUGAGGAAUUCGAGGAGAAAGAGGAAGACGAUAAAAUCACCACAGGAAAUAGUUUACGAAGACAAUUACACGAGGAAGGCACCACAAAGGCCAUUCCUGUCGUUAAAAUCGAACACAUCGAAGAUGAUCACGGUGAUCACGUCUACGGUGGUGCUUUAUCCACAACACGACCAUUAUUUACCACCGGUAGUCCACCAAGAAUUAUUCAAAGGGUAGCUCCCCUUCGACCCGAGCGUGCAAAAUCCAUUUUCAUCAAUAGAGACAAUUUAGGACCCGCUAGAUUCGAUCCACCACGAACUUACGAAUCAGAUCCCAAAGUUCAAGACGACAGGGUCAAUGCAGCAGCCAUGGAGCAACAAAUUCUCCUCGGACCAUCAACGCAAGAUCAAUCACGAGACUAUCCACAAACAAAUCCCGAGCAACCUGUCUAUGUCCGUCAACAAGACGGAUAUCGAGUGUUACCACCCGGAGGUGUUUUAAUUAGAGGUCCUCCACUUGAAAACCUCCUGCAGGAAGAGAAUCCAGCGACUUAUAGAACACCUAAUCGUGUACUAUACCGACCUCAGCAAUCAGUUUACCCAACGACAACAACAACUGAACCAAACGUUCACUAUUUAACCGAACAACCAGUCGAGGAUCCAAGAAUAACAAAUCAGGAUUACGUCAGAAGGGACAGAAUUUAUCGUCCACUACCACCUUACACUGAACCAAGUCCCAGAGAUAGGCCCAUGAUGCUCCAGCCAAUUAGACCAAUUCCAAGACCUGUGGCCCGACCCGUUGACGAUAGGGAUUAUCAAACACUUUCUCCCGAUGGAUAUCAAUAUUCUGGACCAAUAGCCCUACCACCUGAACCACCAAAUCCAAUUGCACCACCUCUAAGUCGAAGGGACUUUCAAAUGCUUCUGCGACGUCUUCUCGUCAGUCAGUAUGGUGUUCAAGCCUUAACAUAUCCAAAAACAUAUUUAGAAGACGCUCUCUACGAUCAGCAACCAUAUCCUUCGUAUCAGUAUAGAACUUCAGCUCCACGACAAGACACUGGCUUUGAACCGAGAUACGGCGAUAGAGUUCCUCUUGUAAGAUCAACACCCACUGCAUCUUCAGCCGGUGGUUAUUCUAGAAAUGUAGCACCCAUCUAUCAGCCAAUGAGAUACGAUGAUUAUAUGGAGGGAACUUCUUAUCCAAAACGAGUUUAUCGGCAAAAGUUUUAUGGACCUGAAGAUUCGGAUGAUGGAGAUGAAAUUUUACCACCACCAAUUAGAGAGGCACUACUACUGAGAAUGUUGCAGCUUGCCAUCAAUGUUGAACGACCACCAAUGUCAAUGGCAGUACCAAUGACCACUGCAUCUUCAACGUCCAGGUAUAGAAAAAUGGGACCCAUUCGAAGUGUUCAAAUUAUUACCGAUGAUUCCGAAGAGGAGAAAGAGGCGAGGAAAAAGAUGUAAAAUUACAAGGUCAGUGAUAUAUUAUAAUUAUCAAUUUUUUUUUUAAAGAAAAAAAGAAGGUAGAAUGUUACAAAAUCUAAGGAUAAUGAAGAAUAAUUUUGAAGCUUAAAAAAGUUAUAGCGGCAACCUGGUGUAUUCUGGUAUAAGAAUCGCAAUUUUUUCUUGUUAUUCUACUAGUUUUUAAUUUUGUAAAGUAUUUAUUUUAAAAUGUUAAAAUUUGGUGCUUAACUGUAAUAAUUGUAGUAUGAUAUUUUCGCUACAAAGUAACUAUAAAAGUUUUUGCAAUGAAAUAUAAAUAAACAAAAAUCGGAAAUUACUUUUAGUAUCUAAAAUAAUUGUUCCUUAUUAACGCGUGAUAUUAAAAUUUUACCUAGCUUCCAUAUAAUUUUUAAUAUAUUUGUAAAAUGUAUGGGGAGUUAAGAUUUUAACAAGUUUUUUUUCAUUGAAGUAGGUAAAAUUUUAAUUACUUUAACUAAAUUUUAUUGCAUCUGAGUUUUCAGUUUCAACGUAGGUUUUAAUAAAUUUUUCUGGUUGUUCCGGAAAAUUUUUUUUUUAUUAGUUAACAGAAAUAAUUUGCAAGUUGUUCCAGCAAAAAUUUUAAUUAU